CCAAAUGGUGAUAAAAAAUAAAAGUGUAAAAUAAUAAUAUCCACCUCCAUUCUCCUACCUCCUACACUGCGUUCGUGACAGUUCUUUAAACUACCGAGUAAUGCCGAUUGACAAGCAUUGAUAACGUGAUUGUAUCGUCUGCUUUUCUAUCUGAGACGUCAAUUAAUAUUGGUCGAAGAGGUGGCAAGCCGAUGACGCACCUUGGCACCAAUCCGAAGUUAAUGAGUUCCUUGAGUUAUUUUGAUCAAGCUUUUAAAAUCAAAGAAGGAAAGUUGCGCAUAUUCGUCCCUCUAUGUGGGAAAACACAAGAUUUAAGAUGGAUUUAUGACCAAGGACAUGAAGUUGUUGGAUUAGAUGGGGUAGAGAAACCCAUUUUUGAAAUUUUCAAAGAGCAAGGUACACAAGGUACUACACUUAAGGGAAAUGAAGGAGGACUUCCAUUCUAUGCUAGUGAUGAUGGACACCUUAAAAUCUAUCACUGUGAUUUAUUUGCCUUGGAUCCAGAAAUUUGUGGCAAGUUCGAUGGAAUCUGGGACUGUGUAUCUAUUAUUGCCAUAUUAGCUGUGGAGAGAGAAAAGUAUGCAAAGCUAAUAAUAAAAAGUCUGUCAAAUGAACCAUCUGGCUUUCUGAUUGAUACUAUACAGUAUGAUCAGACAUUUCCAUGACCACCUCUUAGUGUCUCAGUUGAAGAAGUGAAGCAGCUAUUUGGUGAUACUUGUGAAGUUGACUCUGUUGACCAUCGAUACGAAUGCUGACCCAAUUUCACCUACUUCGUCAGAAGUACUCUGGAACAUAAAUGAAUGCUAUGAGGUUAUUUUGUUACUUAAAGCUAAAAUCUUGUAAAUGGGUGAUAUUAAAAGUGUAGCGAAUUCAAUAUACAAUUUCAUGAUAAAAUGUUAAUAUAGA